GACCCCUGCGGCGGCCAAGCACCGCGACAUGGCGACCGACAGCAGCAAGGUGGCCGACGGGCAGAUCUCCACGGAGGUCAGCGAGGCGCCGGUGGCCAACGACAAGCCCAAGACGCUGGUGGUGAAGGUGCAGAAGACGGACCUGCCCGACCGGGACACCUGGAAGGGCCGCUUCGACUUCCUCAUGUCCUGCGUGGGCUACGCCAUCGGGCUGGGCAACGUCUGGCGCUUCCCCUACCUCUGCGGCAAGAACGGCGGCGGGGCCUUCCUCAUCCCCUACUUCCUGACGCUCAUCUUCGCGGGGGUCCCGCUCUUCCUGCUCGAGUGCUCCCUGGGCCAGUACACGUCCAUCGGGGGCCUGGGCGUGUGGAAGCUGGCCCCCAUGUUCAAGGGUGUGGGCCUGGCCGCCGCCGUGCUGUCCUUCUGGCUGAAUAUCUACUACAUCGUCAUCAUCUCCUGGGCCAUCUACUACCUGUACCACUCCUUUACCACGACGCUGCCCUGGAAGCAGUGUGACAACCCCUGGAACACGGAGCGCUGCUUCUCCAACUACAGCGUCAUCAACAGCACCAACAUGACCAGCGCCGUGGUGGAGUUCUGGGAGCGCAACAUGCAUCAGAUGACAGAUGGGCUGGAUAAGCCGGGUCAGAUCCGCUGGCCCUUGGCCAUCACCCUGGCCAUCGCCUGGGUGCUGGUGUACUUCUGUAUCUGGAAGGGUGUCGGCUGGACUGGAAAGGUGGUCUACUUCUCAGCCACAUACCCCUACAUCAUGCUCAUCAUCCUGUUCUUCCGCGGGGUGACGCUGCCCGGGGCGCGGGAGGGGAUCCUCUUCUACAUCACGCCCAACUUCCGCAAGCUGUCGGACUCGGAGGUGUGGUUGGAUGCGGCCACCCAGAUCUUCUUCUCCUACGGGCUGGGCCUGGGAUCUCUGAUCGCUCUCGGGAGCUACAACUCUUUCCACAACAACGUCUACAGGGACUCCAUCAUCGUGUGCUGCAUCAACUCUUGCACCAGCAUGUUCGCCGGCUUCGUCAUCUUCUCCAUCGUGGGCUUCAUGGCCCACGUCACCAAGAGGUCCAUUGCUGAUGUGGCGGCCUCAGGCCCCGGGCUGGCGUUCCUGGCGUACCCCGAAGCUGUGACCCAGUUACCCAUCUCUCCACUCUGGGCCAUCCUCUUCUUCUCCAUGCUACUGAUGCUGGGCAUUGAUAGCCAGUUCUGCACCGUGGAGGGCUUCAUCACCGCGCUGGUGGACGAGUACCCCAGACUCCUUCGUAAACGCAGGGAGCUCUUCAUUGCUGCCGUCUGCGUGGUCUCCUACCUGAUCGGCCUCUCCAACAUCACCCAGGGGGGCAUUUAUGUCUUCAAGCUCUUCGACUACUACUCGGCCAGCGGUAUGAGCCUGCUCUUCCUCGUCUUCUUCGAGUGCGUCUCCAUCUCCUGGUUUUACGGUGUCAACCGCUUCUACGACAACAUCCAGGAGAUGGUGGGCUCCAGGCCUUGCAUCUGGUGGAAGCUUUGCUGGUCCUUCUUCACCCCCAUCAUCGUGGCGGGUGUGUUCAUUUUCAGUGCUGUGCAGAUGACCCCGCUCACCAUGGGGAGCUACGUGUUCCCCAAGUGGGGUCAGGGUGUGGGCUGGCUCAUGGCCCUGUCUUCCAUGGUCCUCAUCCCCGGCUACAUGGCCUACAUGUUCCUCACCUUGAAGGGCUCCCUGAAGCAGCGCAUCCAGGUCAUGGUCCAGCCCAGCGAGGACAUCGUGCGCCCCGAGAACGGCCCCGAGCAGCCCCAGGCCAGCGGCUCGGCCAGCAAGGAGGCCUACAUGUAGGGGCCGCGCUCGCCC